AGCCCUAGGACCAUGCCUCAGGACUACCUGGCCUGAUGACUCCUUGUUGCGCCCUAGUCCGCCUGGCUGUGCUGCUGCUCCUGUUUCAACUGUUCUGCCUGUGCCUAAGGAACCCUGAACUGUUCAUCGGACAUGCUACAUGUCCCAGACCUGCUGUUUUCAUCUCUCUAGAGACAGCAGGAGCGGUCCAGCUCCCAUUCCAUCUCCAGCAGUCCCAGUGUUGUCCAUGUCUCUACCCAGGCUGCUGUGUAGUCUACUGGUGGGGUCUCCCUACCUGCUGGUGACCAUCAUACUGAUGGUGAAAGGCUGCAGGAGCAGGACUCCGGGGGAAACCAGGAUACCCAGGAAUACCCACCAAGACCAAUUAGGUGAUUGUGUUGAAGAAAAGAGAGGCUGAGAUCACCUGAUCACCAUAACAACCAUCAGAAUGGAACUCAUGGAAUUCUAAUGUAGAACUGUGAGUCACAAUGCUGUAUGUUGUUACAUUGUAGCUCCACCUGCUGGAACAAUAGUGGCAUUUGAUCAAAUGUGAUCUAUUAACUGAUACAUGUAUUAUUCUGAUUGGAAUGUGUUUUAAUAUCAUGUGUGUUGUAUUAUUCAUUCAGCAGCUGUCCUUUAACAUCAGUCAUAUACUGGUCAUAUACUGUAUAGCAUUAUGGUUGAUACAUUGUAAAUGCCUUCACUUUUCAUGUCUAUACAGAUCAACUGAUAGGUGUUGUGGUUCAGGCAUUAUUGUUACAGGUUCAGUAUAAUGUUAUACCGUUACGUUUUACAGAGUUAGAAAACAUACAGGAGAGGAGAAUUCAAUUAUUACAAUUAUUUACUUUAUUUUCCCAUUUUGGUCUCUAGAAUAGUGCAGCAUAAUUUUAUUUAAUUUAAACAUGAAACUAAUGUAGGCCUUUUGAUUUAUUGUGGUUGUUUUGUGCAAAAUCAUUAUUUUUCAAUUAAUCAUCGAGGAAAGAUAUUGCUUUUGUCUUUGUAGCAUAUAGAAAUAAAUAAAUGAUUUUCCUCAA